UGUACAUACACAGACACGCAUACACACAGACACAUGUACAUACAUACACAGACACAUGUACGUACAUACACACAUGUACAUGCACACACACAAACACACACACACAUAUAUGUACAUACACGCAGACACAUGUACAGAUACACACAUGUACAUACACACACAGGCACAUGUACAAUUGUACAUGCAUACACAGACACACACAAACACACACACAUGUACAUGUACACACACACACACACCACCCCCCCAUAAAAAGUUGCAGUACUUCGUUUUUCACUCACAGAUCCGGGUACUGCACUCUAGGGGGAGGCAGAGAGCACAGCACACACUCCUUGCUUUGCUUUCACUGCGCUCAGCUAUUGAGCAAUCUGACGGCUCCCAGUGCCAAUGACAGAUCUGGCCUGAGCUCCAUGCCUGCUCAGCAAGACGGCCCUGGGGGACACACCCCACCAUAAUUUCCACUAGCCAUUGGCGUGCAGGCGAGUGGAAAUUUCAAGCCCUGCUCUA